CAGCGACGCUUGUCAUUGUCAUUUUACCGGAAACUUCGUUCGCCACCCAUUUUUGAAGAAGCGUUAGCUGUGAGCGUAUGUUUAAUAUUAAGUGAAUUCAUCAUAAGUUUUUGUUUGUUAAAAUGGCGCCAAGAUCUGCUAAAGGCAAGAAAGCUGCAGAUGUAAAGGUUGCAGAAACUGCUCCAGCAAAGAAAGGUCGAAAAGGAAAACAAGUAGCUGAACCAGAAUCAACAGAGGCUGAGGAUGUCAAGACAACUGUUGUAGAAAAAAAGACAAAACGCGGAAAGAAGGCAAAUGAUGAAGAUGUUAUAAAUGGUGAUAAUGAAGAGGCAUCGCCUCCGGCUAAAAAGAGCAAAAAGAAGAAUUCAGAUGAAAAGGCAGAAGAACAGUCAAAUGGUGAUAAUUCAUCACCUGAAGAGGAACCACCUGAGGAGGAAGCUGGAGAUGAUGAAAGUGAAACAAAUGGACACAUAGAGGAGGCAAAACCGGUAGGUGGCAGGGGGCGUAAGAAACAAACCAAAAAAGAAACUGUACCAGAAAAUAAACCUAAAGAAACAGGAAGGGGAAGGAAAAAUGCAAAACAAGAGGUUCAAGAGGAUGUAGCUAAAAAUUCAGAGGUUGUUGAAGAAAAGCCAAAACCCAGUGGUAGAGGCAGGGGUAAAAAGGCUCAGGCAAAGCCAAGCAAUGAUUUAGAAGAGGAAGACAAAGCUGAAACAGUGGAGGAGGAGGUAAAACCAGAGCCACCUGCAGCAAAAGGUAAGAAGAAGCAGAACAAAGGAAGCAAAGAGAAAAUAGAGACUGAUAUUGCAUUGUCAGAUCAGGAAAAAGAAGAAGACAUUGUUGAGGAAGAGCCCAAAAAGAAAGAAACUAAAAGUCGGAAAAACCAGGGUAAAAAAGCACAACCUAAAGAACAGGAGGAAGAAGAUGUAGUUGAAGAAAUACAGACUACUAAGAAACGUCGUGGAGCCAAAAAAGACGACAAGAGUAAAGAUUCCAAAGAAGAGGAAGAAGUAGAAGAAAAAGCUCCGGAAGCAAAACCCGCCAAAGGUAAAAGAGGUGCGAAAAGUGCUGCAGCGAAGGCAGCGGAGGUAGAACAGGACAUACAAGACACUGGUGAAUCCAACAACAAACGACGGCGUAAGGCCGCUGACGAUAAGGCCGGAGCAGAUGAUGGCAAAAAGAAAGCACCCGCUAAAAACAAGACAGCUACAAAUUACGAAGACAUUGAUUUUUCUAGUGAUUCAAAAACGAGUCAAGGUAAAGAUUGGAAUUUUAAAAUUUCCAGUUGGAAUGUUGACGGUAUCCGAGCGUGGAUGGAUAAAGGUGGUUUAGAAUAUAUACAAUACGAGAAGCCUGACAUACUGUGUCUUCAAGAGAUAAAAUGUUCGAAAGAGAAAUUACCGGAGUCUAUCAAAAACGUGCCCGGGUAUCAUGCAUACUGGUUAUGUAGUGAACAAGACGGCUACGCUGGCGUAGGUAUCUAUACAACAAAAUUGGCGAUGAACGUACAGUAUGGGCUUCAAGAUGAGGAAUUAGACAGCGAGGGUCGAAUAAUAACCGCAGAAUACGAGCAGUUCUAUUUAAUAUGUACAUACGUUCCCAACGCCGGUCGAAAGCUGGUUACUUUACCUAAAAGACUUAAAUGGAAUGAAGAAUUCAGGAAACACGUUAAAUCAUUAGAUAAGAAAAAACCUGUAAUUAUUUGCGGCGAUAUGAACGUUUCACACAAUGAAAUAGAUUUAGCGAAUCCGAAAACAAACAGGAAGAAUGCUGGAUUCACGGACGAGGAGCGGGCGGGUAUGACUGACUUACUGGGCGAUGGUUUCGUGGACACAUAUAGGAUGUUGUACCCGGACAAGACGAGCGCCUACACCUUCUGGACUUAUAUGUUUAACUGUCGAGCCAAAAAUGUUGGAUGGCGAUUGGACUAUUUUAUCGUAUCUGAAAGAUUAGUGACAUCAGUUUGUGACAGCAUUAUUAGAGAUUCAGUGUACGGAAGUGACCACUGCCCUGUUACCUUACUCCUUCAUCUCAGCAGUGCGGACAAGCCGAAAGAAUAAAGUUUUUUUUUUACUGGACUGAAUAAUUACUAAAUUGAUAUUUUUAUGUUUCUUG